AUGCGAUGAGUUUCAGGACAAUAGCAACGGAUUAAUGAUGUGAAUUAAAAAAUCAUGAAAUACAUAGUUUUGCUUUUGUCGUGCGUUUACUUCACAUACAGUGUUGUGUUACCAAGUAUCCCGGAACACUUGGUGGCAUGCUACAGGGCGGGCGGGCCGCCCCUGCGGGCUCCCCGGAGGCUGGACGUAUUCCUGUCUCUUUUAAAGAAAGUGGAACUUGAUUCGAAAUUAGACACCAGAUUAUUGGCCACGUCCCUACUUAGGAGUCUACGUCUUGAUGGCAUAGAAGAAUCAAGUGAAGCCAUAGAAACAGAGUUCGUGCUACCGUUCAGAGCAUCGUCCUUCCAGUUCCACAAGUACAAGAUCCUUAUGGAUCUAUUCCUACCGAGUCAAGACCUUCUUACCAUUGACGAGAUUCUGGCGCUGGAUGAGAAAUGUAUGAUACAUAAGAUGCUGAGUUCCACAGUACGACGAUGGGAGAGGGGGGAUGAGAAUGUGGUGUGCCCAAUUUCAGUUCAGACCACUGACACAAUGGCUACUCAGAAUUCUCGUAGGAUUCACAGCCGCUGUCCAAUCGAAGAUGGCGUGAUUCAGACGAGAUGGGGUCCCGUGGCAGUGGGGACGGUGGUGGCUGCCGUGGCGGCCUCGCUGGAGCCGCAGAGCGUGAGCGUCACCGAGAUUCUGAACCAGGAUGUCUUCAGCGCCGGCAUUGCUGAGCCUUUGAUGACCUCCGCCAAGCAAGAGUGGCUUGAGGACAUAGAGACACUCCCUGGCAAUGAACGCACUGUAAUACCUGAAGCUGAAAUUAAUAAUAUUUGGGCGGCGACUCUAGCAGGAGACUUAGCCGAAGUAGUGAUCAACCAGGGCCCUCGGUUCGGGGCGUCGUCGCUACUGGUGAUCGGCUCCAACAACCGAUGGAACGACACACUGUUGCCUAGAGACCAUUACAUCUUGCCACAAAACGCCACUUUUGUAGACUGGCAGUUCACUGACGCGGAAAUCUUAGCCGGGAUCGAUGGUUUAAUCCUAUCGAAUUACGUGCCGGAAUGGCUAGAGGAGAGGCGUACAUUAAGGUUGUCUCAGAUAAUGGAGAUGUACUACUCAAAUGAAGGGGUUUCUUUUGAUUCAAACGUAAAGGCGUGCGAGCGACGGAAACUAUUCAGAAAUGUAUUUAAUGCCACUCAUCUCGCUUCCCAGACUUCCAGGUUAGCCCACGUAUUAUCUUUGUGGCAGAUCACAGUUUACAUCCCCUUUGAAGAAAUUGACAGGAUUAGCGCAGCGGCGGCAACCGUGUUUGAGAACUACCUCAAUAGCAUCCUGAAUAAGUACCAUAAAGCAUGUGAGCCCAGCCACAGCAUCCCGGUGAUGGACCUGGUGGUGGUUACCGACAGCUCCUGGAAGGGAUAUGAUGUGGAGCAGUUUAUGUCAUGGAUGGGAGACGCUCUCGAGAUCAACAUGCAAAGGAGUACUCUAGCCCUGAUGCACGGAAACACGGCGCAGUGGAUUGUCCCGCCUGCGGAUAAUCUCACUACUGUCUUUUCUCAUAUACACAACUUUACUGAUGAGUGGCCCAACCGUCUAAACCUGCCGAACAUAAUCUCAGCAGUGAUGCAGCUGGAGCGCAACAAGUCGCUGCGCGCGGCCGCCGCAUGCGCCGCGUCCGCCGCCGCCGUGCUCGUGCUCAGCCCCGCCGACCGGCCCUCCGCCGCAGAGCUGGAGAGAUCACAAACUCUCAUGAAGUCCCUCCGAGCCUCCUUCUUCGACGUCUACUUCAUCUAUGCCUCUACAGACUUGACAGUUUUUCAGAAUAUAAACGACGUGUAUUUGGACUAUUCAGAGCUAUUUUUGCAGUUAGCUUCUGCGAGUGUCCACAAUGUAAUAGAAGCGGUCGAUAUGAAUAUAGUUCAGAAUGAAAUUCCGACCGUUUUGAUGGGAAUGCAUUGUCCAUUCAACGGGACCACGUUUGAACAAACUGAAUACGAGGACUUCGUGUUGCCAAGUCGCACUAAAGGCUACCGUAUACAUCCUUACUAUUUGAGACUGCAGCCACUCAUUUCUGUACAGUUUCGCAACAACGGUCAAGGAGAACUGUUGAUAUGCACAUACCGUGGUGUUGAAACAUCUCAUACCUGCCAGACUUUAGCUGAACGAGAAACAUUUAUAUACAAUUUAACUAUUCCGUGUCAGUCGCCAGAAUUUUGUUUGCCAUCUCAUUAUACAGUGAGCGUUCGUUCAACGUCAAAUACCUGUGCAAAUACAGACUGCCGCCUUCCAAACCAAGUGGGGUACUACAUCCGACAUUCUGGCCUAAAUUGCCUGGCAAUACGAGGAGCUGCUCCCAAGACUUCGUACUGGAAGCUUCACAUCGUAUUGACAUUAAUAAUCUCAUUAUUCCUAAUUAGAUAAUUAAUAAACAGUUAUUAUAUGUAA